GGGCGGAGCUUGUGGUGGUGCUGGCCACGGGGCGGGGCUGGCCUCUCAGGUAGGGCCGGGUCUUGCUGCGGGGCGGGGCCUGCUGCAGCCCCCAGCGAGGAUUCAGGUUCCCUGCCCCAGGUGCCAGCGUCCCCAUGGGGCUGUGCUGGCCCUGUCCCGCGGAGUCCGCACCACCGUCCCCGAGCCCGGAAGAGAAAAGAGCAAAGCUGGCAGAGGCGGCCGAAAGAAGGCAGAAGGAGGCUGCAUCUCGCGGGAUUCUGGAUAUUCAGUCAGUGGAGGCAAAGAGGAAGAAAAAAGAACAGUUGGAGAAGCAGAUGGAAGCCUCGGGUCCACCAGCCGGGGGACUGAGGUGGACAGUGUCAUGAAGCAUAUUGUACCUGUAGGAGAAUCCUGCAUCCAACAUCUGCAAUUGGACGGAUGUCAGCCGAAUGUCUCCUCUUUGUAGAGCUGAAGAGUCAGACCUAUCUUUAGUGCCCUUGAGUGAAGUGCUAAAACUGUACACAAAAAUAUUGGUAAAAAUUUUUGAUUUUUCAAACUUACUAAAUGACCCAGCUUUUCAUUCUAUUUCACUUUCACUACAUUUAUUUUUCUCUUCUGUAGGAAGUAACUUCCCAUUUUCUGUAGUUAUAAAAUAUGGAUCCAAAAGGGGUAUAUACAUGGUGUGUCCUGGCCCCACAUAUAUCUUCAAUGUUAAGUUUGCUGUUACACCUCUGCUUUGUAAGUAACCUUGCUACUUAGUCAUGUGGCAGAGCCUGCCGUCUGCCUCCGUUUCACUGGAUAGGGAGACUUUUGCUUCCAGACAUAGUGCCUUUAAGCUGAUCGUCAGGGAAAAUCCUGAAGAUGCAUUUGAAGGACUUCAGGUGGAGGAAAUCUUUAUUUUUAUAACCCACUAAGAAAUGGAUAUUUGUAGGCAAAUGUUGACUCUCUGCUAAUUUAUUUUCUGUACCGAAGGCAUAUCAUAUUAACUUGAAGUUAUACGUCAGCAGGGCAUCAGAGCAGUGCCCUUCUGACAUUCCUACCGGAAACAUGGAGGAUCGUGUA